GGUAAGGCUACACAUUAGCAUUUAGCUAACAUGAGCUACAACUGGUCACAGAAAUGUGUGCAUUGAAGUACAACCAUCUUCUACAUGUGUGGGGGGAUGGUUCUGAACUGUCCACGUUUUUAAAAGUCAUUUGCAGAAAAAAAGUUAUUCUACAUGACGCUAAAUGUAGCGGCAUUUUAUCACUUUCUUUCUGCGUGUUGGUAAUAAAUCCGGGCGUCACUCGAACCGUCCAGAACCGAGUUCCUUCAGCGGGUUCGGUUGGUAGCGACUGCGAAACCUCCCUGCCAGGAGCGGGGUUUGGGCUCGCGGCGGUUCGGUACCGACUGGUUUCGUAACUCGGCGCGUCGCUGCUGUUUGUGUCGCGUGUGGAAACUUGUUGUCAUCGCCUGCACACGUCCCUGACGCUGCGUCAUCACCUAGGAAACGGCGAGCAGGCCGUCAGCAAGCCUGUUUUCGCUCUGUGAGGCUGUCAGCUCGCCGGAGGCUUCCUCCACACUGACUGGAGGAAGCACGAUUAGUUUUUUAGGGAGUUAUCACCGUGGAGCUCUACCGACUGACGAAGAUGAAGAGGAGCCGGCACCUUAGCACCAGUGAUGACUCAGACAAUGGCAGUAGCUCCACCUGCUGGUCUCAUUCGUCGCAGCACCGGAGGGGCGGCGGGCAGAAACCCUCUGAGGUUUUUAGGACAGACCUGAUCACCGCCAUGAAACUACACGACUCCCAUCAGCUGAACCCAGAGGACUACUUUGUGCUCGUUGACCCGUGGAGGCAGGAGUGGGAGAAGGGAGUCCAGGUCCCUGUCAGUCCACAGUCCAUCCCACAGCCCCUCACCAGAGUGUUAGUGGAAAAAGAGAAGGAGCUCAUGUUCAUCAGGCCGAAGAAGCUGAUCCGCACGUCUGGCACGGAGGCGCUGGGAUAUGUGGACAUCCGCACGCUGGCAGAGGGGAUGUGCCGCUACGACCUGAACGAGGAGGACGUGGCCUGGCUGCACAUCAUCAACGAGGAGUUUGCAGAGAUGGGCCUGCCUCUGCUGGAUGAGAUCACCAUGGAGCGGGUGAUGGAGGAGUUCGAGCGCUGCUGCUACGAAAACAUGACGCACGCCAUGGAGACGGAGGAGGGGCUGGGCAUCGAGUACGACGAGGACGUGGUGUGUGACGUCUGCCAGUCGCCGGACGGCGAAGACAACAAUGAGAUGGUCUUCUGUGACAAGUGCAACAUCUGCGUUCACCAGGCCUGUUACGGCAUCCAGAAGGUCCCUAAAGGCAGCUGGCUGUGCCGGAUCUGCGCGCUCGGCAUCCUCCCGAAAUGCCAGCUGUGCCCCAAGAAGGGGGGGGCCAUGAAGCCCACUCGAAGUGGAACCAAGUGGGUCCACGUCAGCUGUGCCUUGUGGAUCCCAGAGGUGAGCAUCGGGAACCCGGAGAAGAUGGAGCCCAUCACCAACGUGUCCCACAUUCCCAGCAACAGAUGGGCUCUGAUCUGCUGCCUGUGCAAAGAGAAGGCUGGAGCCUGCAUCCAGUGCUCGGCCAAAAACUGCCGGACUGCCUUCCACGUGACCUGCGGCCUUCAGGCCAAGCUGGAAAUGAACACCAUCCUCACGGAGGACGACGAGGUGAAGUUCAAGUCCUUCUGCCCCAAACACUCCGGACACCAAGGGGCUGAACCGCGAGACCAGGAGUCGGAGGAGGAGGAGGAAGAAGCAGCCAGCCUUCAAAAAGGCAGAAAGGGCGGGGUGAGAUGGGGGGACGACGCGUCCUCCCACCCUCUGCGCAGCGACCAGGACGGCCUCAGCCAGCAGGAGAAGAGAGUCAGCCUUCGCAAGCUGAAGCUGCAGGAGAUGGAGGAAGACUUCUACCAGUUUGUGAACGUGGACGAGGUGGCCGGCAGCCUGAAGCUCUGCCCAGAGGUGCUGGACUUCCUCUACCAGUACUGGAAGCUGAAGCGCAAAGCCAACUUCAACCAGCCGCUGCUCACGCCCAAGAAGGACGAAGAGGAGAGCCUGGCACGGCGGGAGCAGGAGGUCCUGCUGCGCCGCCUCCAGCUCUUCACCCACCUGAGGCAGGACCUGGAGCGGGUCCGGAACUUGACCUACAUGGUGACCCGGAGGGAGAAGAUCAAGCGCUCCCUGUGGAGGGUCCAGGAGCAGAUCCUGCAGCACCAGGUCGUCCUGCUAGACCAGGAGCUGCUGAACGGCGAUCCUUCCCCCAAAGAUCUGGAGAGGCUCUUCUCUCUGGGCUGGUUGUCCUCUCAGUCCAGCUUAUCUCAGAGUCUCCCGGAGCUGAAGUCCCUGAAGCCGAGGAGAAAGAAAAGCAGCGACAGGAGGAACCUGUCCGACUCCUCGCACACCCACAGGAAGGACAAUCAGGCCAGAUCUCUGGAGCUGAAGGACGGCAGGAGCUGUCAGAUCAGAGAAGCUGCGGCGGCUGAAGCUCCAGUCCAGAGCCUUGAGAUGAGCAGGGAGGCGCUGAGCUCAAAGCUGGGGAGGCCAGACGUCUUCCAGGAAGCUGUAGUCAAACUGCACAAGGUGGAAAGCAGGAAGGCUGUGAGGAGAGAGGCCCCGCCCCCUGAGCAUGAGGAGGAGCGGGGCAGGAAGAGGAGGAGUGAGGCCGCAGGCGGCUCUGCUUGUCCGGUGAAGAACAAGCUGGGGUCCAAACACCUGGAGAAAACCGUUUCCAUCCGGCUGGUGGACAUCCGGAGCUCCGACUCCGACGACUUCUUCAUCGACGAGGGAGUGACCAAAAGAGCCCCCGCCUUCUCAGACAUGUCACCAGUGUCUAAGUUCAACAAGGCCAGCGUGGUUUUAGAUGCCGCCGCCGUCCCCAAAACCAACGUGUGUCAGAGAAGAACGGCGAGCGAUGGAGGCCACGCCCCCCCGGGGGCCAUGGCUGGACACCUGAAGAGCUGGGGGAAGUUCCGCAUCCCCAGAAGGAGCGAAAAGCCUCCCGCCGUGACGUGGAAGGAGGAGGCGGAGCAGCACAAGCCUCUGCUGAGGCCCCUGACCAACACGCCCGAGCCCUCCUACCCCAGAACACGACUGCGCACGGGGGCAGAGCACGACGGCUACCCCCCCGACUCCCCCGCGGAGCUGGAGCCCUGCCUGAAGCGCUGCCACUCCCACGAGCUGAGAGGCGACGCCUCCCUGGGGCGCCGCUACGGCUCCGACAUCAUCCGCAGGGGCGUGCUGGCCUCCUGAUGAGGGCGCCGCGGCGGCGGUGGGCAGUUACUCUUUGUACCUUUAUUUUUCACUAGAGUUGAUGAAAAGCUAGAUUAAAACCAGAGCAGAUAUUUAUUUUUUAUUUGUAACAUAAUGUAAAACUGGGACAAAUUUGACUUUAUUUUGAGCUAGAUUCUAUUUUUAUUUGUUUCCCCAAGAAAAGGAGUAGAAAGAUGUCACGUUGCCAUGGAAACGCUCGCUCAGAUCUUUACAGGCCGGAGCCUCAUCUGGAAGAGUUGGGUUGUUUUCUUGGGACCACAGCUUGCCAUUAAUUCGUGUUGAGGUCGCCACGGCGAUGAUCCGCUGGGAUCAUCCGGGUCGGACCUGGACUGUCCGGGAUCCACUGGACCUUCAAGCCAAAAACAGGAAGUCCUUUUAUCUCCGUUGAAGCUCAUGUUAGGAGUGACCAAUGUUUCCCCGGCUACAGCACUUGCGUGUCACUGAGCUGAUGGUAUCCGUCACGUGCCUAACUUAUUUGAAGCGUUUGCACUACGAGAGGACGGCACAGGCGGGACGCACCAGAGGAGUUAUUUUUACACUGAAACAUGAAAGCGUUUUGUACUGCGCUGCCGCUGUACUACUGUUAUGCAAAAGGAAGCUUAUGGGUUGUUGUCCUGAAGACACAAUAAAACUCUGAAGGUGGUGGUGA